UCAUGUCUUCCGCUUCCAGCGAAGUCACCAGCACACUUGAGGUUAAAGAGGAGAACGGCAGCCUGCAGCCAAAGAUCAAUGUAUUGGGCUCUCCAGCCACUCUGGAGCCUGAAGUAAAUGCACUGUCUGCAAGCCCGGAGAUUACCGAGCAGGUUCCCGUUGAACUUUUAAGCAACCCCGCGUCCGCUCUGACUUUCUCCCCGGAGCAAGUGGCGUGCGUGUGCGAGGCUCUGCAGCAAGGAGGGAACCUAGAUCGCUUAGCCCAGUUUCUCUGGUCUCUGCCUCCCAGCGAUCUGCUACGUGGCAACGAAAGCAUCCUAAAAGCACGGGCUUUGGUGGCCUUCCACCAGCACAGAUACAAAGAACUCUACAGCAUUCUGGAAAGCCACAACUUCGACGCGUCGUGCCACACUUCGCUGCAGGACCUGUGGUACAAAGCCCGGUACACAGAAGCCGAGAAGGUCCGGGGCCGGCCUUUGGGGGCCGUGGACAAGUACAGACUGCGCAGGAAGUUCCCCUUGCCCCGCACCAUAUGGGACGGCGAGGAGAGGGUCUACUGCUUCAAGGAGAAGUCACGCAACGCGCUCAAGGAGCUGUACAAGCAGAAUCGCUACCCUUCGCCAGCAGAGAAGCGCAACUUAGCAAAGAUCACGGGGCUCUCUCUCACCCAGGUCAGCAACUGGUUCAAAAACAGGCGCCAGCGGGACCGAAACCCGUCGGAAACGCAGUCGAAAAGUGAGUCAGAUGGUAAUCACAGCACUGAGGAUGAAUCCACCAAGGGUCAAGAUGACAUGUCACCUCGGCCACUAUCCAAUCCAUCUGAAGGAAUGAACCAAUCCAAUAUCCAUAUUCAUCCAGAAGGCAUGUGCAUGCAUCACAUUGGGGAACUGAAGCCCUCCCAGAGUUCCUCUGGCAUACUACUGAAUGGAAACCUAGUAACUUCAAAUGGAUCUCCCGUUUUUUACAAUGGAGGUUCUUUCAUUCAAGGACCCACUGGCGUCCUUGUAAAUGGCCUGUCAUUAGGAAAUGCCCAAGCAAUAAGUUUAAGUCCAGUAGCAACCACUCCAAGUGUGCUGGUUAAUAAUAUUUCAAAUGGCUCUGUUAAUGGCACAGAAAUUAAAACUGAAAAUGUACACAUCGUUCCCUCUCAAGAAGAGGCACCUUCGGGUUCUACAGAAGUGAACCAAGGCCCGACGCAAGUAAGCCAGUACAGCCUUGUGCAGCUCCAGAACUCGGAGAGUAAUAUCCACUUGGUUAAUGGAAAUGUUGGGAUCCCUUCACUGCAGCUGCCUGCUGUCUCUGCUACUUCAUCUCAAGGAAACAUUUUGAUAACAAAUACAUCUGAGGGAGGAACAUUCCUCAGUGGCACUGCAGCCAGUCUUCAGCAAGGUAAGGUUUUCUUGGCUGCCACACUCCCUCCAAAUGCAGUGAUGUGUGCAUUACCUAAUUCAGGACAGGCUGUACCUCCAGUCAAGCAAGAAACAGUGGAUGGGGGCCUAAUCUUUUCACAAUUGAUGUCUGUGAAUGGAAAUAAUCAAUUGAAUGUUAAUACUUCUACUGGGAGUCAAGCUGUUUCAGCACUACAAACUCAGUCGUCGCCUCUAGUAAACACAGGCCUUUCUCAUAGCCUGCCUUUGACGACUUCAAAUCUACUGAAUACAUCAAAUACCUUAAGCUUCAGCCUCACAGUGAGUCUCCCACUGUCGACAACUGCAUCUCUAAAUUGUGAUCAGCAUUUGCCAUCUACUGAAACAAAUGUCGUUCCUGUGUCAAUGGCCAACAACGAGUAUGCUACACUCCAGAACUGCAAUCUGCUCUCACACUCCGGCCAAGAGACUGUAACAGAAUCUAAUACUGGAGCUUCUAACAUGCGAGAUAAACCCAGAAACCCCAUUCCUGAGGAGGCACAUGUAUUCAGUAGUGGGCACGUGUCAGUACUUCACCCCCCUGUGAAAGAAAACUACUUGGUAGUCUUGGAGAACAAACCUAGUAACCACCUGACAGUGAUGGACUCUAAAUCCAAAUAUGUUGUAAAUGAUGUAGUUAAUAAUGUCUGCAAAGAAUUAGAAACGGAAGAAAAAGAACUAGCAAAACUUCAAAAUGUUCCCAUGGAUGAAGAUAUCGGUGAUUUAUAACACUCUACACAUAUGCGGCUAACUUUUGCAGAUUAAACUUUUCAAUAGUUUCCGUCCUUGCAUUUUAAGCCAUCCUAAUACAGAAGUGUUUUUGAUAGCAAACUUUAUGUGCUUCAUAAUUUAAAAAAAACUUGCAGAUUGAUUGAGAUAACUGAAGAUUGUCUGUUACACAUUUUUACUGGAGUCUUGAGAAUUCUUAGUUUUAAGCUGGUAUUUAUUUUUCCAAAGUAUAAAGAUGGCAAAAAAAACUCAUCUAGUCAGUGGAAUAUAGUUUGGUUAUUGUUUUCAAAGUACAUGUCUAAUAUUAUUAUUUUUGAAUCUUAUCAGUUGUUUUAUAUGCAUGGUUUGAUAUCAACCUGCCAUCAGCAAAUGUUAACACUAUUUUCAGCAUUUCCAAUGCACUGUCCACAAACUGACACAUAUAAUGGAAAAAAAAGCAGUUUGUUCCUCCUCAGACAAAUGUUUAAAGAAAUACUCUUCAAAUGUAAUUUAUUCUCUGCAUAUUUUCAAACAGCUUUUUUAAAGACAGUACCAAAAUCAUAUAGGAAACAUUUUUGACAUUUUUUAAUAUGACUAUUAACUGACAAUCAAUAUCAAAACUAGAACUAUAACUAGAACUACCAUGACAGUAUAAAAACUUAUCUUUAAAUAUCCUGGAGUCUAAUAAAAACUGUGAAAAUUGACAGGAAGUUUGCCUUUCCUGCUCACCAACCUGCCCAAAAUACUAAUGCAGGUGGGAUGUGUAGUAAAGAUGAAUAUCUCAAAUUGGUACAAUCCAUGAAAAAAGCACUACAAGGAAACUUUAUUUUUUAUUAACUUUUAUGUGCAUGUGACUAGUUCAAUUAACUACUUGAAUCUUGGCCAGGGAUAUCAUGUUUUAUGGUGUUUCUGUACAUUGAUUUGAGUCCCUUAACACAUAUUCACUGGGAUUACUCAAAGCUGUCAUACUAUUAAUAUCAAAAUUAAAAGUAAAAUGACUUUAAUAUCUUUGUGCUUUACAAUGUACCCCUUUAUCUCUUUUGUUCCAGUACAGUACCUUUCUGUUUCAUUGAUGUGAUGCACAACUGGCAUCAAAAUUCACUCCUAAUUUGAGUCAAUUCUGGCUCACUACCAGCAUACAAUCAGUGGCUGAUUUAUUAGGCAUACCUGUUAGGUACACUAACAUGAUCUGCUGCUGUAGCCCAUCCACUUCAAGGUUUGAUAGGUUGUGUUUUUAGAGAUGCUGUUCUGCACACCACUGCUGUAACAUGUAGUUAUCUGAAUUACUGUCAGCGUGAACCAGUCUGACCAUUCUCCUCUUACUUCUCUCAAUCAUUGAGGCAUUUUCGCCCACAGAACUGUAAACUAGAGACUGUCAGAUGUGAAAAUCCCAGGAAAUCAGAAAUUUUGGAGAUACUCAAAUCACCCCAUCAGACAUUAACCAUGGUUAAAGUUACUUAGAUCACACUUCAUCCUCAUUCUGAUGUUUGGUCUGAACAACACUGAACCUCUUGACCAUUUCAUUUCUGUAUUGAGUUGCUGCCAUAUGGUUGGCUGAGUAGGUAUUUGCAUUAACUAGCAGGUGUACCUUGUAAAAUGGCCACUGACUCUAUAUUGGAUUCUGUUGCAUUUUAAGUCAUUUUUUAACAUUUUCAAACAUUUGUCUUUGAUUAUACAGGGAGCUUAAAUGUAUAACCAUAUAUAACAAUCGAUUACACACAGGUUAGCAAAUAAAUUGCACUGUUAGGUUGUAAUUAAUCAAGAUUUCAGAUUAUGCCCACAAUGGGGUUAUGUUUUCAUAGUUUAUAUUAUCUUCCCCAGUCAUUAACUGCUACAGCAUUGCAGUUUUCCUGUCUGAAGUUAAGGUAGUCACAGAGCCAACAAGAUAGGUCAAGGUAUCACUCUUGUUGAUUUGUAAGUCUUCAGUUAUGUUAACAGCCAACAAAAUGUAAAUAUAACAUUUCUAUAUCAGUAAAAUAAUACUGUAGGUAUAUACAGUGACAUUAAUCUUAUGGUGAACACCUUCAGCUAUGGUCAGCGAGUUUAAUGAAAUCCUUUUCAACUGUUUGAAAUGCUGUUACUUUGCAACCUAACUACCAUUCAGAGAAACACUUUAAUUUAUUAUCAAUUUCUACCAGGCAAUCUAAUCCCAUUUCAAAAAUUCAACAGGCAUGGUACUAAAUUCAAUUGUAAUUCAUACUAUUCAGUAUGCAUACUUGUUUCUUGCAAAUUUAAACUUGGGAAAGUUUGUUGCUGUUAGAUUUUUAAAUCUAAGAAAUCAAAUUGUUGGUACAGACCCUCAUGUUUUCCAAUUACUUGAACUUCUCCCCGAACCUGUGUGCCUUAUGACGUUUUUAAAAAGUGUAAACACAUAUUUUCUGUUUGUGAAAUGGAAAUUCUGUAACUCUUUAUAUAUGCAUUUUAAAUUUAUGCAAAUAUGUUCAUUAUCUUAAUAUGCCUUCUUGCAUUCAGUGCCUCUUUGGUUUUAAAUAUAUUUCAAGAAUGUUAGGCAUCUGAAAACCUGUCUAACUCAUUGAAAAAAGAAAAAAAAAACGAUUGUUCUCCAAGCAGAAUUGAAUUGUAGUCAAGUAUGAUUUUUUUUUUGAUAUGUGAAGCCUGCCUGUAUGUUGAGACAAUCUUCAUAUUAUUUGGAUAAGCGUAUUUUUAUAUGAGCAUAAAAGUUUCCCAGAGGAAAUGACAAUGUCAGCAGGAGGUUUGAACAAAGAUUUUAAUGAUGCUCACCUUAAGAUUUGUUUUAAAAUUUAAAACCUCUUUCAAAGCAUCAAUUAUUUUUUUAAAAAUCCUUUCCAAAAAAGGACUGUUUUGCAGAUAGUUUAAGGAGGAAUCUUGGGAAAAAAAGACACUCCAUAUUUCUUCUACGAUAAUAAGUAUUGGGUUUGUGUACUCCAACAUCAACAUAACAGCUAGUAAAAUAAUAUGGCCUGAUUUACCGUAAAUCCUCGUCACCUCUUUUCAAUUCAUCUUUUGAACUGCUGACCUUUGAACAUGUAAGGUAUGAGACAGUGCAUUAUUUAUACUUUAUAUUUUUUUAACUCUUAUUCUAAACGGUUCUUGCAAAAUAACAUUUUGAUGAUCCUUAAAAUAAUUAUUGGGGUGUGAAGUGAUGUGUAUUACUGUGUCACCUCCUUAUUUGACUGCACAUGAAGAAAAGUAAUGUCUUUUCGAUAUCUAGGAAUUUGUUAGUUAAUGUUUUGUAGCUUACUCUUGGGUACUAAUUUAAAGGGAAGGUUUAAUUAGCCAUUGCAAGUUAUAUACUUUGAUUUCAAGUCUGUUUUACUGUACGGUAGAUUUGGCAUGAAACUUUAUAAACUUUUUAAAUUGUAUAAACAUAGACAUAAUCAAACCAGUGUGAGGUAUAUGGAUAGCUAAAACAUCUAUACUGCACUAACUUCUUGGUGAUGGUACAUUGAGCAUGUAUUCGUGUUUUGUGUUCACCCUUAUUAUACCAAAGAUAUUUUAAAUGAUAGUUUUGACAUAUAAUCUGGUUUGUCUAUACUGUUAUAUGACCUUUGUUUAUAUCCUGAAAUGAUUUGAACUUAUUUUUCUAAACCCUAUACUCAAUGAACUUUAUAUUUAUACAUUUUGUAUUGUCCUUUGUUUUAAUUUAUUGCAUUUCAUGAAUGUUUUUGAACUUGUGUAUGAAUUCAGAACUUGGGUCAGGUUAUUGGCUGGUUGAUUUAACUUUUGCAUAGCCAGCAAUUAUCAUCAUAGUAGCUUCCCAUCUCAUUUGUUAACAUGACAACGAAAGACCUCCUUUCAGAGCAAGGUGGCAUAUACUUUGUCUUCAGGGCAUGAAGGGUUAACGGGGAGAAGGCGGGAGAUUGAGCUACAAGGGGCAUGGAUCAGCCAUGAUGAAAUGGCGGAGCAGACUCGAUGGGCCGAAUGGCCUAAUUCUGCACCUGUAGCUUAUGGUCUUAAAACUUUGUUGUCAUCAGAAACCUUGUGGUGUUUUCAUUUGGGUUGGAAGCCCCAGCUAUAGAGUACAUUACCCACCCCUACAAAUGUAUAAAUGUAGGUUGGUUUGUGGGUAGUCGGGAUGAGCUAGAGCUUUUGCAGUGCAGCUUUCUUUGUGCUGCAUCAAACAGUGGGCCAUACACACUGCUGCUGGGUCUGCAGCAGUUGUAAAGCCUCACUCACCACUGGUGCACUGGGGGUGAUGUAUGGAGCUACUGCUGUGAUUUUAAGUUAACAGAACACCAUGCAGGGAUUGAAUCAGAUAGUUUGUCUCAGUAUUGUACUAAAUAUUCAGCCACUGACCUGAUGGUAAUGAAGAGGAGAAUUAUUAAAUCAUUGUAGAACCGUGUUGUAUCCAAAGCUAUGAAUAUGUGAUCUCUCUGAUAUCUUAAUUACGUAGUGAGAUUGAAUAAGCCAAUUCUUUUGUAGUGGCUGUCACUUAGGUAUGUUUAGGUUCUAUUGAGGGGCGUUUCCCCCUCAGGAGCAAACUGCAGGAGUUUAACACACAGAGGAAGAAGUUGUUCCUUGUACACCAUGACUUGCUGUUACUUUGCAGGUAAUGGGGUAGUAGCUGAUACAAAACCCUAAAUUCCAUUAGAAUUUGUUUUAGAGCUGACGGAAAUGUCAGCUCAAGAGUCCGGUGCCUUUAAAAUUUUCAAUUACACAAAAUAUUGUUGGAAUAUUGUACUUCCCAGCACAAUAACUUCCUUCAUUCUCCAAAAAAGCACCAGAAUCAACCUUGGAUCUGUGAAUAAAUGCCUCUCUUCCCCUGAUCUUCCAAUAUCAAAAAUAUUCUGAUACAGUAUUUAGUUGGAAACUGUCACAACUCAGUGGCUUGUCUGGUUCCUGGCAAGUCAGGUGAAAACAUUCUUUCCUUCUGUUGCAGAAUGGUUUUCAGCUUCAGAGUCAUAAAAUGAUAAGCUGAUGAGCUGAGGUUAGGUGAGAUGUUACAUUUUGUGUAUGAACCUAACCUCAAUGAGGGAGUAGUCAGUCAGUUCCU